GGGAGUACGUUUUGAGCUUCCUCAGACGCGCCACCCCUUCUGGCUCCUGCAUGGGGGACUGGGUCGUAUAAAGUAUUGGCACUCGCCACUUUGAUCUGAUUCCUUUUGUUUGCCUUUGUCUAUCUAUUUCCCUUGGGCACUGUCACUCAUUUUUCUUUACAGCAAUUGCUUCAUGCUUUAAUCGAUAAUUGACAAUUCAAAUCCCUACACUCUCUACUUACUAUUUUGCAUAACUCUCCUUGACACCUAUUUCUUUUCGACUCCCUAUUAUAUAGGCUCAGACCGCCAACCUCAGCCGACUUAAUGCGAUUCUCAGAAGUUUUCGCUGUUUCCUUGGUGGUGCCUCUUGUGGCUGCUCAUGGAAAUCAUAUCCCUGGCGCACCGAAGAUCUUCGGAUUGAAUCCAAUUGGGAAGCUGAAGAGCCGGAACGUUUUCAAUGGACAUGUCGCGCGCAGUGCUCUGCCCCAACAGGCCCCUGGACUAAAAGCACGCCAAGGAGGAGUAGGCGGACGAUGUGGUGCCGCUGCCGGUGGUGCAAGCUGCGAUUCAGGGUAUUGUUGUUCAUCUGCUGGUUGGUGCGGUAUCGGAGCAGAUUACUGCCAGGCUCCCGAUUGCCAGAUCAACUUCGGACCGGGUUGUGAUGCCAAUAAAACUCCUGGAGGAUCCAACACUUCCAGCGUUGCCCGUACCAAGCUUGGGUCAGUCGUGUACGGCGGGGCGGGUAUCUAUGCAUGCACAGUUCCUGGAACUGUGGCUAUAACCUACGACGACGGCCCAUACACCUAUACAGACGGAGUGUUGGACCAAUUCAAAGCUUACAACGCCAGGGCUACCUUUUUUAUUACCGGCAUCAACAUCAACAAGGGUGCAAUUGACAAUGCCGCCACCCCUUGGCCUGCUGUCAUUCGACGAAUGAUUGCCGACGGACAUCAGGUUGCCAGCCACACCUGGUCGCACCAAGAUCUUAGUGCUAUUACCACAGCUCAACGCCACGACCAGAUGAUUAAGAAUGAAAUGGCCAUACGAAACAUUAUCGGCAAGUUCCCCACGUAUAUGCGGCCUCCGUACUCCUCUUGCACACCUCAGUCUGGAUGCCAAGACGACCUGAAUGCGCUUGGAUACCACAUUUCCUACUUCGAUUUAGACACGGACGACUACAAUAACGUCACUCCGGACAAGAUUCAGAACGCAAAGAACAAUUUCAAUGCUAAGAUCGGCCCCAGCAACCCUGCUACAAAGGACUGGCUAGCUAUUGCCCAUGAUAUCCAUCAGCAAACAGCGCAGAAUUUGACCGGAUACAUGCUUGCGACACUCACUGCCAAAGGCUAUAGAGCCGUUACGAUGGGUGAGUGCUUGGGCGACCCGGAAGCCAAUUGGUACAGAGACUCGGCCGGUAGUGUGUUUACGUCUUCGGCGAUUUCCUCCACCCCUACUGCUUCUGCAACUGCUACUUCCAGCAAAGCAAUUGUUUCCCCGACGGCCGUGUCCCGGAAUGGAUCAUGCGGAGGGGUUACUGGCUUUACAUGCGUUGGAUUUGCAGAUGGCCAGUGCUGUAGUCAGUAUGGUUGGUGUGGUGCAACGCCGGACCAUUGUAACGUAGGCUGCCAGUCUGCUUUUGGCAAUUGUGCGGGCGAUGGUAGCUCUAGUAUAAUCACCGCGGCUUCAUCGAGUGUCCCUGCUACCAGCACUUUUUCCUCAAUCCCUUCAUCUACACCCACUGGCCGAACCUCUCCAGAUGGAACAUGCGGAGGAACGAGCGGCUACCACUGCAUUGGGUUCUCCCUAGGCUCGUGCUGCUCACAAUACGGUUGGUGCGGUGCAUCUUCAGGUCAUUGUGGUUCGGGCUGUAACCCAAAAUUUGGCACAUGCGGCACAUCUCUCAAGCAGCGCGGCUUCGUCCAGCGUUGGUAGUUCGUCCGCGCCUGCUUCGACGUCGCCUGUCGUUCUGUCCUCCACUAGCGAUGCUGUAUCUACUUCUUCCGCCGUCGUCACUU